ACGAGCGAGCCCGGCCGCCCCGCCCCGGCCGCCGCCCGCCCCCCGGCGCGUGCGGGCCCUCGGGUCACGGGUCGCGGUCCCGGCGCCGAGCCGACAGCGUAGCACCGCGUCCGCACAGCAGCACCCAUGCGACGCGAACAUGAAAGACAAGAGGAAGAAGAAGGACCGCACCUGGGCCGAGGCUGCCCGCCUGGCACUAGAAAAACACCCCAACUCACCAAUGACAGCAAAGCAGAUACUGGAAGUCAUCCAGAAGGAAGGGUUGAAGGAAACAAGUGGAACUUCCCCGUUAGCCUGUCUGAACGCGAUGCUUCACACUAACACGCGAGUAGGGGAUGGGACGUUCUUCAAGAUCCCUGGGAAGUCGGGCCUCUACGCUCUCAAAAAAGAGGAAUCAUGCCCAGCUGGCGGCACACUGGACAUAGGCCGUGAUCCUGACCUGGGCAGCACAGAGAUGGCCGAGGCCAGCACCGGUGCAGAGGGAGACAGAGUCUGUGUGAAGCAGGUAACUGAUGAAGCGUCUCCCAUUCGGGACUCAAGCCUCACUAACACAGCUGUGCAAAGCAAGCUAGUGUCUUCCUUCCAGCAGCACACCAAAAAGGCCCUCAAACAGGCUUUGAGGCAGCAGCAGAAAAGAAGAAAUGGGGUCUCAGUGAUGGUAAACAAGACUGUUCCUCGCGUGGUCCUGACACCAUUGAAGGUGUCUGGCGAACAGUCAGACUCACCUUCAGGAUCCGAAUCUAAAAAUGGUGAAGCAGAUAGUUCAGAUAAAGAAAUGAAACAUGGGCCAAAGUCUCCCACUGGAAAGCAGAGUCAGCACUUAAAACGACUGAAAAAGUCUGGUUUAGGACACUUGAAAUGGACCAAAGCUGAGGACAUCGACAUAGAAACCCCAGGAUCUAUUCUCGUCAACACCAACUUGAGAGCGUUAAUAAAUAAGCACACGUUUGCCUCCUUACCUCAGCAUUUCCAACAGUACCUCCUCCUUUUGCUCCCAGAAGUGGAUAGGCAGAUGGGCAGUGAUGGAAUUUUACGCCUCAAUACGUCAGCUCUAAAUAAUGAAUUCUUUGCAUAUGCAGCACAAGGGUGGAAACAGCGGCUGGCAGAAGGAGAAUUUACCCCGGAAAUGCAGUUGAGGAUAAGGCAAGAAAUCGAGAAGGAAAAGAAAACAGAACCUUGGAAAGAAAAAUUCUUUGAAAGGUUUUAUGGAGAAAAGUUGGGUAUGUCACAGGAGGAUUCUGUAAAACUCACUUCUGGACCAAACAGUGAUGGAGCUGAAAGUCGCUCUGCCCGUGGGGCCUCUGGCCUUCCAGGUCUUUCCAUGCAGACUCCCUCGGAAGAGCAACAGCCAAACAGCAUGAAGAGCCCCACCCCUCUGGAGCCAGGUAUCCAUGCUCCGCUUCAUCUGGAGGUACACAUAGGUAAAGACAUGAUGACAGAGCUGGAGCCAGAGGCUAUCUUGAUCCCUGAAGAAUCUGUGAUUCAGGAGGAAAUUGCGGAGGAGGUGGAGACCAGUGUCUGUGAGUGCCAGGAUGAAAAUCAUAAAACAAUACCUGGAUUUUCUGAGGAGGCUGCAAGUCCAGUGGACUCUCACGGGGAGCCCCAGGCAGCACCCCCAGAAGAGACCUUGGAAUCCUGUGUUUUGAUGAGUGAUGUUUUAGACCCUCAUGCUGAAGUUAAGAUGGAAGAGAAAUCAGAAUCUCCCCAGGAAGACAUGUCAGUUGUUAUUGAUCAACUAGAAGUCUGUGACUCUCUUGUUCCUUCCGCUUCACCUGUGACAUCUGACACAGGACAUCAAGAACCAGAAACUGCACUAGAGACCAGAACCCCCAAAAUAAAAGCAGGGUCAGCGUCUUCAGAAGGCCAGUUUCCAAGUGAAGGAAUCGCUGUAGACAUGGAGCUACAGGGUGAUCCUGAUGAACAGCCCGAAGAAAACACUUGCACCUCCGAUGCUUCCUUCUCUCCUGAGAGCCCAGAGGGGGCCUGUCCCAGCCAAACAUCCCCAGGAGGGGACACCCAGUCCACUUCGGAAGAGCCAUGUACCCCAGCCUCCCUGGAGACAACAUCCUGUUCUGAAGGGCCCAGCACUGAGAAUGCGGACAAAUACCAGAGAAAUGUCCCUGAUGAUGACCUGCAUGCAUCUGUGAUAUCAGAAGCAUCUCCAGUGUCCACUUCACCUGGAAUAUCAGAUGCAUCUCUAAUGUCCAGUUUACCUUUAACAUCAGAAGCAUCCCCAGUUUUACCUUUAACAUCAGAAGCAUCCCCAGUGUCUGAUCCACCAUCGGCAUCAGAAACCUCCUCAGUGUCUUCCAUGCUCCUUGCCUCUGAGGCCACUUUCAUAUCCAGUUUGCCACUCCCUGCAGAAAUGUCUCCCAUGUCUAAUUCCAUGACCGGGAAAGCAGGGCAUCAACAAAGAAAGUCGCCUUCCAGGCCUGAGGGGCCAUGCCCCCCACGGGACGGCAGCCCUGCCCCCGCUGAGCCCCUGGUAGAGAGCCCUCCCACCCGGCAGGGGGCGCUCUCCCCUCCCCCUGAACCCACCACGGCGGGCUCCCCUCCUGCUGCCCUUGGAGCUUUUCUGCCAGAGGAGCUGCCCUGUAGGGCUCUGAAUCCGCAGCCUGGUAAACCCCAUGGUGGGGCUGAGAAGCCCUAUCUUGCUUUGCUUCCAGAACUUUCUUCUCCAGAAGUGAUAAAAGUUAAAAAUCAUAAUGUCCUGCACAGAACAGAAAAGAAAGGGGUGUUGUCACCAUUGGAAUUACCAGUUUUUUCUGAAGAGACCGAGAGUAAGGGAAACGAGCUUCCAUCAGCUAAAUUACAGGACAAGCAGUAUGUCCCGCCCACGGACAAGGCUUCAUUUUCAGAAGGCUCUAGAAAUAAAGCACAAAAGCAGGGGGGCUCCCAGAGCCGGCCAGAGACCUCGCCGGCCUCCAGGCUGUCGGAGCCGUCCAGGCCGCCUGACGGGGUCAGGAGCGAAGGCAGAGAACCUGAGACACCGAAGAGGAAAACAGCAGAGCAGCACAGCUUUGGCACCUCUAAGGAGAAGAGGGCCAGGAUAGACGGUGACCCGCCGGCCCACAGCGCGCCGCCCAGCAGCCCACCCGAGAAAGAGCAUCCUCUGAGGGAGGAGCCCAGAGUCCCGCCUCUCAAGAUCCAGCUUUCCAAAAUCGGGCCACCUUUCAUCAUCAAGAGCCACCCAGUCUCCAAAGCGGAGUCUCGAGCGUCGACCAGCAUGUCCACCGGUGGGAGGAACACGGGAGCCCGAACUCUGGCCGACAUCAAGGCCCGCGCGCAGCAGGCCAGGGCUCAGCGCGAGGCGGCGGCGGCAGCGGCAGUGGCCGCGGCCGCGAGCAUCGUGUCAGGCGCCGUGGGGAGCCAGGCCGAGGGUGGCAAGGCACGGACCCUGGCACACAUCAAGGAGCAGACGAAGGCGAAACUCUUUGCUAAGCAUCAGGUCCGAGCCCACCUCACCCAGACCGCGAAGGAGCCGCGGCCACUGCCGCUCGGCCCCAAGGAGGGUCCUCCGAGCUUAGACGGCUCUCCCAACCCUGAAGCAAAGCUUGAAGCUCCCACCGGUGUCAUAAUCGUGAACCCAAACUGCAGGUCCCCAAGCAGCAAGGCCACGCCCCUGCGGGAGGCCACCCCCACCCCGCUGCAGGCUCCCAGCCCGGCGCAGCGCCCAGAACCUGCUGCCCACUCACCUCCACGCGGGUCUGGCAAGAACACACCUGUGCCACUCUUCUCUGAGAAAGCCGUUUUAUCUACCUCUCCUGAAAGUAGCGGUGUGGCCACGCUUUUCCACAGAAGCUGCGUCCCCGCAUCCACCUGCAGUGCUGCGCCAGGAGCUGCUCCAGAGCAGCCUUUCACAAGCCCCGUCGGGGCGCCCUCCGUCCUGCGCUCUGCGGACAGCACAAACAUCCCAGCUCCCGCUCGCAGUGGGAGCACGUCGGCAGCCGUCCAGGGAGCAGGCGCCGUGGGCAUGGCCGGCCCCCAGUGCGUGGGGAACGCGCCUGCCGCCCCCGCCCCUAGUCCCGGGGACCGGCUGCUGCCCGCGGGCGGCAGGGUAGGCAGCUUGGCCCCAGGCGCACACGCGGGAAGGGAUGGCAGGCCUUCCGAGAGGCUGGCCGUGCCCAGCGGGGAGGAGCAGGCCCACGUGCCAGGGGGCCCUGCUGUGCGGACGGCGAUCGGCGGCCGGGCCUCGCACCCCGCCACCCUGCUCACUGGGAGCCCCCCCGAGUCACGUGCCGACAGCUUGGACAGAAGCACAGGGCCCCGCCACAGGGCGGACCAUCCUGUGACACCUCAGCCCCCUCCAGGGGCCUUUGCGCCCACAGCCACGAACAGGUCAAUUCCCUGUAAAGUCAUCGUGGACCACAGCAUGGCCCUGACUGCUGCUUCAUCACUGGCCGGCCCCAUUGGCAGCGUGGAAGCCCGCGGGGAUGCGCAGGGCCGGCCAGCAAGGGCGGAGCCCCCCGCACAACCCCCAGCCCGCCCUCAGGUGUCUGUCAUAAGCAGGCCCGAACCUACCACCCCUGCAGCGCAGCCCGACGGCAGAGCGCCACAGGCCGUGUGCCCAGGUCGCUGCGACGGGCCCCCUGCGGUUCCAGACGCAGUGCGAGGCCCGGCGGCCGCCUUCAGAAGCGAGGCAGACACAAAGUGCGGCGGUCAGUGCAGCGCAGGCCCCCGGGUCUGCUGGGCCGAUGAUGUGCCGAGGAGCACAGGACUGCCUCUGGCUGGCCUCCCGCCGAGCAGACAGGAGCGCCUGGGGCAGGGCUGUGUGCAUCCCGCCACAACCGAGAACGCCGGCUACACGUGCGCAUCAGAGCUCCUCUCCAGGCCUCUCCUGCCAACCGUGGCCCUAUCGGUGGAGGGCGAGCCUCAGGACGCGGACAGAGGCCUCAGGACGGACGCCGACGACUUCCCCGCGCCCGGGCGGCCACCUCCAGCCGCCGCCACCCCCAACGCGCCGCAGACAGAGGCCGCACGGGCUGUAGCUGCUGCGCCCGCGGAGGAGGGGCCCUCGGCCGACACCCUGAAGAGAGCGCCCAGUGCGGGGAUCUCAAGCUGUCGCCUGUCCUCCGUGGAGGCUAACAACCCGCUGGUCACGCAGCUGCUGCAGGGCAACCUGCCCUUGGAGAAGGCUCUGCCGCAGCCCAGGCUGGGCGCCAAGCUCGAGAUUAACAGGCUCCCACUGCCCCUGCAGACGACGUCAGUGGGCGCCCCAGUGCCGGAGAGAAGCGCCGCCGACGUGCCAUCCAGCUCGCCAAACCCAGACGGGAAAGACUGCCUGGCAGGGGCUCUCACACCCCAGCAAAUGAGAAAGCGAGAAAACCACCCCAAAAAGAGAGUAGCCAGGACCGUAGGGGAGCACACGCAAGUUAAAUGCGAGCCAGGGAAGCUGCUGGGGGACCCAGACGCCCAAGGGGUGCCCUGUGUUGUCAGCUCGGGCGUGAGUCCGCUGGGGCACAGCCAGCCGUUCAGGCAGGACUGGCUAAGCAAGCACGCCGCGCAGAGCAGAGCUGUGCACAGCCCAGAGGUCAAGCAGCAGAGGCGGCUGCUGCCCGCGUGCAGCUUACAGCAGGGCCUGUUCCACGCCGAGCAGAGCGGCGGCUUCCACACCGGCGCUGGCCCCGCGCACAGGGCGCAUCUCCCGCCGCCGCCGCCGCCGCCGCCACCGCCGCCGCCGGCCCGGGGACCCCUCCCCGGCGCGCCCCCUUCGGCCGGGUCCUUCACCACGGGCCGGCGGCCGGAGCCCAGAGCGCUGGGCGAGGCCGGCCCAUCCCCGGGUCGCGCUCUCAAGCUGGCCGGCGUGCUGUCCCCGGGUGCGCCCGUCAAGGACUGCGACGAGACGGGAGUGCCGGCCGCGGCCAGGGGACACAGAGGCCUGGGGCCGCCACCUCCGAACACCGAGCAGAAACAGGCCACGGAGGCCGCACAGAGACUCGGGUGGCUGCAGGCCGCGGGCAUGCGCAGCGGCGUCAAAUCGGAACCUCCCUCCUUUGAGGAAGGCCUGGGCAGCAGCUGUGAGCUGGGCAGGAAGCAGGUUUCCUAUGAGCAGAGCGACGUGAAGGAACAGUUAAAGGCGUUUGCCCUGAAAAGUGCAGAUUUCUCUUCCUAUUUGCUCUCCGAGCCGCAGAAGCCUUUUCCUCAGUUGGCUGCUCAGAAAGCGCAGGUGCCGCAGCCGCUCUGUGGUGGCUACCCGACCAUCCACUUCGGAAGCGCGAGCUUCAAGAGGGCGGUGCCUGCGACCGAGAAGUCCGUGGGCGUGGUGGGCAGCGCCCCCCUCGCGACUGCGGGCCUGCCCGGCCAGAGCGCGCCCGGGCCCGUGCCGGGCUUCGCCGACAGCCGCGCGGACGAGCUGGAGCUCAAGUGCUCGUGCCGUCUGAAAGCCAUGAUCGUGUGCCGGGGCUGCGGGGCCUUCUGCCACGACGACUGCAUCGGGCCCUCCAGGCUGUGCGUGGCGUGCCUGGUGGUGCGGUGACCGCCCGCCACGGCGCAGGGCCCCGCAGCCGCAGCCGCCAUCUGUGGGGGUUCGUCCAUCCCCGUGGCAUGCCUUCUGCGUGUUUAGCUUUGGAAAAUUCUCAUCCUUGCGGUGCAGGUCACUACCCUGUGUGCUCCUCGAACUCGGAAGUAGACGGGAAAAGGACGCCUUCAUUAAUAAGAGCUGGAGCACUCCGCAGCCGGAAGGUCCUGUGCGAAUGAGCUUGGCUGCGCUGCACUCGGCACCUGCGCCAACGUGGCGCGGCCUUCUGGGGGGCUGCUCUGCACCUGCCCACACCCGUGAUUAAAUCACAGUUGGAAGGGGAAUCCUGUAUUUACUAACAUCACAAAGGAUGCAGUAGAGGAGGCAUGCCAUCCAUGAACCGCCUCCCCUCUCUUUAGAUUCUUCCCGGAGACCCGCAGAGCUGCUGAGCAUCUGCCUUGCACACUGUACCCUCACUGGAGUGAAGUGUGUUGUCUUCCUGAAACGCAGUGUGGACCUCAUGCCCAUUAAUCUGGCUCCAGCCCCUUGACACCUGAUACCGUAAGAUCAGUUGGCCAAGAUGGGCCAUAGGCUCAGAGGACUUUAGAGCUUCUGGGUGGCUUUUAAGAGCAAAUAUGAAAAAAAAAAUGCCCUAGUAUAUUAAAAGCAAACAAGUAAAAAGUGCUAUAUAUGCAAACACAAAUGGGCUGAUAAUGUACAUAUGGGUCCAUUCCAUUCACUCUAAUAAGGUCACUAUUAAAUUCAGGUGAAAUGCCUUACCCUUAUUGAUGACACCCGUGCAUUCCAGCUUUGGGCCUUGCAGAGGUUUGCCACCUCAUGCUUGCGUGUCAUUGAUACUAAAGGGGACUGAAGUGGGAACGUUUUCUGAACAAUUUUUUCUUAAGGUUCAUGACCUGUAUAACUAUGUUCGAUUCUGAAAUAGCCUUUAUUUUAAAAAUUGUUCUAGGUAUUGCAUGUUCUGUUUUUUUCCCCCUCAGAUGAAGCCAGUAUAUCCGUCAUAUUUAGGAAGUGGAACUGUUUUUGAAAAUGGGAUACUGCAUCUUACAAGUAUCAUCAGUGCUUACCCUAAACUCUGAGUGUUGAGUCCUUGAGCGCCAUUCCAUGUACUUUGGCCACCAACCAUCAUGCCAAGGGGCAGCCAUAGUUCAGGAGGCUCUUGCCCUAAAGAAAGUUCAGAAGCACAUGACAUUUUGGAAAGACAAAAUCAGCAAAACCACGCCAUCAAUGUCAGGCUGCAGAGCACAGAGUGUGAAGGGCCAUUAACCCUCUGAUUGAUGGAGGCUGUAAAAUUUAGAAUUUAAAACAAACAAACAAACAUGGGUUACCAUGCGUACCCAGGGUAAGAAUAACAGAUAUUCUUACAAGGGGUCAUCCUAAUCAAUGUGAACUUUUGACAUUCCCGUAAAAUAUGUCUUAAAGACUGACUGGAAUGAGCAGAAAUUACAUUCCUGGCAGAAAAAAGAAAUACUUGUGAUUUUUUAUAGUAAUCAGCCAUGAUAUGUUUUUUUCCUUCACAUUUAUUACCACAAUGUUGCCAAAUUUUGUUAGGUAAUAGAGACUCCAUUUCUAUUAAUAAAUUGUUGAUAGUGAAAAAUGCUUUAUCUUAAAAGGAAAGAAAAGCAAGGGAGGCCCUGCCUCUGUGGCCGCGUUUGGCACUUCGGUACCGUUACUUCUGUAUUUCACAUUAAAAUGACCGGCUGAGAAAACGAGCAGUGGGCUCACCUAGCCCUGUGCAGGCACACAGCCUCAGCUCUGGGGGAGCCGGGUCGUCCUGCACCGGGUCAGUGGGUCACGCCCCGCCAGAGGUGUCUGCGGUCUGCCUGGCCUAGAUGUCUUGGUCAUCGAGGACACGCGCUAGCCUCACGGGGGUACCCGUGAGAUGUGCGCACUUGCAUGCCAACUUCUUCCACAUUCAGCUGCCGCUCUACUUGUGUCAGGUGCUGUCUAUACCAGCAGAUUCCAAACUACCACAGCAGUAACUGACACCGUCUGCACAACAUGUGCUCUCUGUAUAUGAGGCACAGUGGAGGCUGCUGUGAGCUCAUAUUCUGUCCCAUCAUUGUGGAAUGCUGCCUGCAAGUUACUUACUGGGAAUGAAGAAAAGUGUCCUUUUGUAGGUUUUGCUUUUUCACAUAGUAGGUUUGGAGAAUCAGUUGACCGUGCCUGGAUUCCAUCACCCAGGUGCAAAGAGCAAAAUUCCUCUCUGCCCUUGCUCUUUACUGCCCCCAUUUAAAUUCCUAGAGUCCACAUAUGAUUUAUAUGACUAAAUUCCUAUCUUCAGGCUAAAACAGGGAAAGAAAAGGAAUUCACAGGUAAAAUGUGGAUCAGAAAUUUUACAAGUGUCCACUUAAUAUAUAUACAAAAGCCAGUAUAUUUGGAGUAGGUUCUUAAUUUUCCGAUUUCUACAGGCCUCUGCCUAUGUGCAAAUGGAGUGUGUUAUUUACUAUAUGGUUACUGUGGUGUAAUGUGCAAAUUUUAGUGUGUGCAUUAUCCUGACUAUUGGAUGCUGUGAUACUCUUAUCAGGAUAGAACUUGCACAUGUAACUUUUUUUUUUUUUAUCACAAAGGAUGUAUUUCCCUAAGUAGCACUUUUGGAGCAGGGGAAGGAAGAAAACAUAUUCCCUAACCCCUCUCCUGUAUGAUAUGCAGAUGCCUGAGGUGUAUAGGGGCAUUCUGGUAGUUCAUGGGCAUGUUGAUAGCAUUCUGAUGCAAGCUCAUUUUCAAAAUGAAGAUCUUUUUCCUUCCCUAAAGUGAAAAUAGUAGAAAUGUUGGUGAACUGAGCACCGUAGUUAUAUAUAUACUAUUUCCCUGCUAAGGUCUAGUUUGAAGAAAAAACUUGAAAACAAGCCUGUGAGGUUGAGUCUGGUCGCUGUAAAGACUUGACGGCGGUCCGCGUUUCUGGGAUGAGCUAGGAAGGUUCGGCUGCCUGCCUGACCUGGGAUGCCGUCCCUCCUUGAGAAGAACACACAGAAGGAGCUGGUCCCACGGAUCCUGGGCGCAGCCACGAGCGGAGCGCGGGAUGCCGGUGCCCCACCGCGCACCGCUGCGUGGAGAGGUCACUGUGGCCUCAGAGACCCAGACCCUCCCAGGUCUGGCGCCAGAGGGAAGCAGGCGAGGCCCGCGCUCCGGGGAACUGUGUGGGGCUCCUGGUCUCCAGACGUUGGGCCGUGCAGCCAAACUCACUGAACAAAGCCGUUGUCUUCAGUCCUCGUGCUUCAUGCCAUAAAGCGAACAAAGAGCAUUUUUACUAUAAUUUCAAGGAGCUGCUUUUUUAUAGCACAUACUUUUUUGCUUUGUACUAUAUUUGAUAGUUGCAGAAUAAUUUAGGCUGUAGAAACCUUUGUUGUGUUUGUGCUGUUCACGAAUAUUGCGAAGCAAGUGCUUUACUCGGCUGCCGUGAUCUCCUCGUCCUGCUGUAUUUCCCUCCUGCCUCGUGGGAACCUCAUCUGAUUUCUGUUUUCAGUACGGUGUUUUUUUUUUAUGUGUGCUUGUGGGUAUGGGGUUUUGUUUUUUGUUUUUUGUUUUUUUUUUGGUCAGUAUUCUGAAUGUUUACAUCUGUUUGACAUUAGCCAUUUAAUGCCUUUUUUUUUAAGGCAGUGUAUUACCCUGCAUGUAACAGCAAAAUGUGAAAUCAAUCCACACGUAAUGUGCAUGACAAACACAGGCUGGGGGCAAAGGCCCGGGACAUAGUCAGACAUUGGACAUGAGCAUACAGGAAAGGGAGACCCUCCUUCAGCCCUUUACCAAAGAAUAUAUGAUUCCCGCAGGAAAACUCAGAAGGUGUGUGAAAUCCUCAGAAGGGGGAGCAGUUGAUUCAGCAAGACUGCUACAAUUUAAUACUGUUAUAAGCUUGCUUUGAUACCUGACUAAAUGUGACUGAGCAACAACAUUUAAACAAUUUUAGACAGUGUUUUGUUUAGAAUUCAGGGAUCAUGCAUUCUUUAAUGGUGCUGUUUGUUUUUUAUUUCUUUUCUACAAAGAAAAAAAGUGUUGCCUACAAAAGUGACUGCUCAUAAUACCAUAAGUUAAAGGAAAUGGAAUGUUUGUCUUUUCAUGUUUCUGUUUUUCCCUUUUUCAAAGCAAUCAUUUGGGUUUCAAUAUUAAAAUAUUCUGGAGAAAAUAAAG